CAACAGAACACUAAGAAAGAGCUUCAGCAAUGAAACCUUUUUUAGAAUUUUUCUGUCUGCUAGGAGCAUUUCUACAUGUCUGCACUCAACAUACUGUCCCAGCGUCAGAGUUUCAGCUGGAAGGGGAUUAUUUGAUAGGUGGACUUUUUCACAUUCAUGACGACACUGGCUCUGUGUAUCAUGAAAGACCAGAAGCUCUCGAUUGCACCACUAAACCACUCACAUUCUCAAAUUAUCGGAGAUUUCAGAUGAUAAGAUUUUCUGUAGAGCAAGUUAAUAACUCUACCAAUUUACUGCCAAAUGUAUCUCUUGGCUAUGACAUAUUUGACCACUGCUCAGAUACGCAGAAUUUUCCAGGUGUUUUGAAAUUAAUCUCAGCUAAUGGUUCAAUACAACCUUGGAGUGACAAACAAAGUGUUCUGUCUAAAGUAAUAGCUGUGGUCGGUCCUUUCACAAGCACUCAAUCCCUGACCGUAGCCCCGCUAUUCAUGGUAAAUCUUGUUCCUAUGGUUAAUUAUGCAACUUCUUCUUCUGUGUUCUCAAAUAAGGCAAAAUAUCCAUCGUUCCUGCGUACAUUGCCUUCCAAUUUAAACAUGAUAGAUGUGAUUGUAAGAAUCUUGCAAAAAUUCAACUGGCGCUGGGUUGCUUUCCUUAACAGUGAUGAUGAUUAUGGUAAUGAUGGUCUGGAUUUGUUCACUCAGAGGAUAAAGGAUACUGAGAUCUGCCUACCAUAUUCCAAAGGCCUGAGUGACAGCACCAAUUACUCUCAAACGUUCAAACAGAUGGAGGCAAAACAGAUAAAUGUCAUUAUUGUUUUUGCUCUAGAAAACAAUGUUGAACCUCUCAUUGAGUCAGCAAUGCUACUGAAUGUGACAAAUAAGGUGUGGAUAGCAGGGGAUGCAUGGGCCUUGAACAAAAAACUCCCCAAAAUAAAAGGAAUCAAAAACAUUGGAACCAUACUUGGAGUAGCUGAGCCAGUGGUGACAAUACCUGGUUUCAGUGAUUUUUUGCAUUCUUCCAAAGCCCAACUUCAUUGUAAAUAUGCAGAGCAAGACACAUUUUGCAAUCAGAAAUGUAACUGUAGUUGCAUGAAUCCUGAGGAUAUCUUUGCUGCAGACCCAUCAUACUCUUUUGCAAUUUACUCUGCCAUAUAUGCCAUUGCUCAUGCCUUACACAAUACCUUACGAUGUGGAGCUGACAAAUGUGAUAGCAAUAUCACAGUGUACCCCUACAUUGUUCUAGCAGAGCUGAGGAAGUCAAAUUUUACACUUGUAAAUAAUAGUAUUCAGUUUGAUGACAACGGAAAUCUAAAGCAAGGAUCCUAUUCAGUAGUUUUCUGGAAUAACAGUGGUGAUGCACAGGAGAUUGGAUUUUAUCAGUUUAAUUCAGAAGUGCAUUUCUUCGUGGAUGAUAGCAAAAUUGAAUGGCACACCAAUGGAGAAGUACCUACUUCCUUAUGUUCCCCAGAAUGUCCUGCAGGAUAUAUAAAAAAGCGAAAUGGAAUCUAUGAAUGCUGCUUCGACUGUGAAAUCUGUGCAAAUGGAACUUACGUCAACAUUACGGAGAGUCCAUACACCUGCCUCAAGUGUAAGGACAUCGAAUGGUCUGAAGAGGGAAGUACAUCAUGUAAUCUGCGGGCUGUGGAGUACAUAUCAGCCACAGAUAUUGUGGCUACACUGGUCUUCGUAGCGGCCUGUGCAUUUGUGGGCAUGACGUUAGCCAUGUCUGUUCUCUUUUCAGUCAACUACAACACACCUGUCGUCAGAUCUGCUGGUGGACCAAUGUGCUUCUUAAUUUUAGGCUGUCUAAGUCUGAGUAAUCUUAGUGUAUUCUUUCAUUUUGGUAAGCCGACAGUCCCUCUUUGUACUUUGAGAUACUUACCAUUUCUCUUAUUCUACACUAUUUGUCUAGCAUGUUUUGUUGUGCGCUCUUUUCAGAUUGUUUGCAUUUUUAAAAUAGCAGCCAAGAUCCCCAAGCUCCACAGUUGGUGGGUAAAAUAUAACGGACAGUGGCUGGUCAUUGUUGUUGCAUUUGUCAUUCAAGCAAUCUUCCUCGUUAUUGGCUAUUCUUGUAAACCUCCAAGCCCCUAUAAUGAAACAUCCUGGUACCCUGACAAAAUCAUACUCAGCUGUGACAUCAGCCUACAAGCAUCUACAGCUUCUGUGAUUUUACUGUCAUCAAUAUGCACUCUUUGCUUUAUUUUCUCAUACAUGGGCAAAAACCUUCCUAAAAACUACAAUGAGGCCAAAGCAAUAACCUUCUGCCUCCUCCUGCUGAUCCUCACUUGGAUCAUCUUCGCCACAGAGUGCAUGCUUUACCGUGGGAAGUACAUACAGCUUCUUAGUGCCCUGGCUGUACUUUCCAGCCUGUACUCUUUUCUGUUUUGGUAUUUCCUCCCAAAAUGUUUCAUCAUUCUUUUUCAACCCCACAAAAACACACAGCAGUACUUCCAAGGUCUCAUUCAAAAUUAUACCAAAACAAUUAGCCAGUAGCUCACUUCAGGAAAUGUAUCAAUCACUUCAGAUAGACAAGUCAUAGAUGGAUCUUUUUUAGUUCAAUGCUCUAAUGUCAAAUCCUCUUUGAAAUAUAUGUAAAUCAUGCUUGAGUUACUUAAAGCAAACAAUUUUAUCUUUAGAAAUGUGCUUUAUAUUCUAAAGAGCUUUCACAUAACUCAUAUCUGUAGUCAGCUAUGUAGGAUUCUGGCACAAGAUUAAAUUAACUAUUUGGGGGUUAUGGUUUCUGUUUAUGUAUAUCAUGUUAAAGAAUGGAUGUAUAGUUUUCAAAAUCUUUUAAAGUUAUAUGCAUUUCCAUCACUUUGAAGCAUGAAGUAAAUAUACA